AUGCCAAUGUCUACCACGGUUAAAGUUCCCUUCUCAGAGCCCUCCGAAUACAGCGAGACGCCCGUAUUUGAAGAUCCCACCUCGGAAGAUGAGAUCGCGAAGUACGACACGGUGCUCAAGCAUUUCCAAGACCCGGAGCUGAAAUUGGCCAUUCGUGAGAAGAAGUGCCCACCGGAAGAGUUCGAAGUUCUGAUACCGGAAGAGAAGUCCUGGAUCACCAAAGAAUGCAUACUGCGCUAUAUACGGGCCACCAACUGGAACGUUGUUGAGUGUAUCAAGAGACUGGAAAACUCUCUCGUCUGGAGAAGAGAGUUUGGAAUUGCCGGUGGAAAGUUCCAGAAGCUGUUUCCUGAAGAUAUUGCAGCCGAAAAUGAGACUGGCAAGCAAUUGGUGUUUGGAUACGACAAAGGCUCCAGGCCGUGUUUGAUUCUGGCAAAUGGUAAGCAGAACACCAAGGCAUCUUACAAGCAGAUCCAGAACUUGAUUUUCUAUCUGGAAAGGGCAAUUGACUUUAUGCCACAGGGACAAGACAAACUGGCACUUUGCGUGGACUUUAAGUCGUAUCCUGAGGUUGCCAUGAAGGGUUUCAACAUGCCAUCUGUGACUGUUGGAAAGGAGGUUCUGCAUGUACUACAGUAUCACUACCCAGAGAGAUUGGGAAGAGCCUUGUUUAUCAAUAUUCCGUGGUAUGCGUGGCCAUUUCUCAAGAUCUGCUACCCCUUCGUGGACCCAUACACCAAACAGAAGGUUGCCUUCGACAAGCCAUUCUCCGACUAUAUUCCCCUGCAACAACUGGCCAAGAACUAUGGUGGUGAAGUGGAUUUUGAGUACGAUUAUGAGGCUUAUUGGCCUGCCUUUAUUGAGACUGCUGCUGGUAAGAGGAAAAGUUAUAUGAAGAGAUUCGAAGAGUUGGGAGCCACGGUUGGUCUCAGCGAAUACGAUUUGAGAGCAUAG